CGGCCUUUUCUUCGCCCACUUUGGUGUGCUUCCUUGUCUUCGCUCGAUUUGGCAUGUUCGCCAGUCUUGGCUCAAUUGCGAAAUCAAGUCGUCCCCGAGCGCGGGCUUAGAGAUCUGACCGCGGCCCGCGAUCGCGACGUUGACGACGCCGGACGACCGUGACGUUUACGACGAGCGGCUACCGUGACGUUGACGACGAGCGGCUACCGUGACGUUGACGACGACGACCGACGACCCCCAUGAGGCAGUCCUUGUCGGCUAAAUCUCAUCUCAUCACUCUCGCCGAGAUCUGCGCCUACGCCACACUUCCUGACUCGCCGGCGCUUGCAAAUGAGUCAUCACGCGCAGAGCAAGGAGUCAACAAAAGUAUGGGCGCCGACUCUGUGCUCGGCGCCUAUACACCAGCACUGAGCCGACAGUCAGCAAGGGAUAGGCAGGCUUGCGGGCGCCACACUUCUGAGACGACGCCGAUUGCCAACACUCAUCAAGCAGUACGCCACACUUCGAAAGGUACGACAUGGAGAAUGCACCGCACGCCUAGCCAUUGAUCCCGAUAUGGGCAAGGCCUGCUUUGUCGCAUCAUUCUGUGUGUCUUUGAGAAACAGAACAGUAGGUACUGGUUUGCUUGCGCGGGCGACACAUAUCCUCGAACGCGAAAUACGGGCAAAUCGGCGACAUCCGUGCAAAUCGACGAAAUCCGUGCAAAUCCGAGGCGCUGGAAUACACCUUCGGAAGCCGCGUCAGGCGCUUUCUCGAUGCGGACAGCAUGAAGACGGCUUCGGUUAACCUCUCCUUCCCGAUUUCAUAUCAGUACGCGCCCGGACGGGCAGUGCGAGAAGAAGCUCGUCUCAAAGAGCAAUACAUGCCCGGCCGAGUGGUGAUCAGAUAGGCGCCCGGGCGUGCGGCGGAGGUGCUGCAGAUUGACGCGCGGACACGCAGGAGAUCAGCGCGGACACGAGAAGCAGAUCGGUGCGCGGAUUCGCCCUUGCUUUGUGCUAUUGUACCGGUUGGACCGGGAUAUAUAGCUGGGCGCUUGUCUGCAGGGAGCUGGUGCUUUAGCUGGGUACUUCCGCCCUUGACUGCGUACUUCUCGCCCUCUGCGAACACCUCCUCUGCCCUCUGAGCGUACUUCUCGCGCGCAAAACCUUCAGUCCUCACACAUUAGCGUCUUUGUAUCCGCGCGCCCGGCCUGCGCGACCCUGGCCCCCUGCCUCAACCGUACGUCGCCCCCCUUCCGCAGACGACGUACCCGUAGAGAAGGAGGAGGUCGUAACCCAGGUUCUUCGCCGUCAUGAGCACCUCGCGUCGCGCUCGAUCCUUGCGCCGCGCCCGAGCCAGCGAGAGUCUCCGCGCAUCCGCCUUGCUGGCACCCACACUCACCACGCACGUGCCCACGCCAUCCGGGUACGCGUCUACAUCUCUCGUGAACGCGUCCACAUCCAUCGAGAAUGCGUCCGCACCUCUACGGAUCGCGUCCGACCACCCACCGACGUUGCCAGUUCCAACUAGCUCGCUCGGAUCCGAUGCUUUUGCGCCUCGAAGGCGCAGUCGUCAUGCUACUUCUCAAAGGCGUAGUCGUCAUGUUCCUCAAGCGGGCGGCACUUCGGCCCCUGAAGUCGGCGGCCCUUCAGCCUCGCAAGCAAGCGGUCACAAUCGUCCCCUGUCCCAAUCAUCCGGCACGUCGUCCGAACGAUCCUUGUCCGCCGACGGUCUCUCUUCUCACAUGAACGGUCUUUGUAUCUACGCCGACUCUGAUCACGUCGCGGAUGGCUCGACUCACGCCGACUAUGUCUCUACUCGCGCCAACCACGGCUCUUCUCUGGAACACGAUCCCUCCUUUUCCGUAGACCCCCUGGAGGACACGUCCACCUACCAUCUCCCGAGGCGCCGAGUUGGACUGGAACGCCAUUUUCGAGCCCUCGGUUUUCGCGUCGUGAAGGACGCAUUACUAGCGCUCCUCCGGCAUACCAUGACGCUGGUCAAAAAGCGCUCGCUGAUCGAUGUCAAUUCGUUGGUGAAUCUCGAUCCGAACGUGGUGCAGGGGGCUGAUGUCGGAGGCGAGUCUGGGUUAGGAGGAGACGAGCAUUCCGCACUUGUCGCCAGCACGCCGAGCCUGUCCUCCGAGCUCCGCGACUGGGUUGCGUGGUAUAGGGCGGGUCUUGUUGGGAGUAGCAGCGAUCUGAUUGAGAGUGGUGGUGGUCUCGACGAGCUGACUGGCGUGCUCAACGAUUGUACUGGCGGCCUCGACGAUGAUGUUCUUGGUGCUCCCGGCGAUCGCUCCGACGGUUCCGACGACCGUGCUGACCCCCUUGACGACCGCACUGGCCCCCUUGACGAGCACACUGCCGCUGUCGACGAGUUCGAUGACGCCCUUGGCGAUGAGGAUAGCGCCCUCGACGAGUACACUGACGCUCUCGAGGAUCACACCGGCGACCUCGUCAACGACGCCAUCGCCAAAAUCCUGCGGUUCAAUGACGAGGCUAUCAGGAAAGCGAGCAUCGGUCUGGGUUUUCGGACGUCGAGCGGGGCUGGCGAAUGCCCGUGGAGCGGAGCUGGCGAGAACCCGAAGAGCAGUGCAGGUGAACGCCCGUUAAGUUGGGUUGGCGAGACUUCAUCCGGCCAGAAGGGUGAAGUCUCGUCGAGCGGGAUCGACGAGAAUACGUCCAGCAGCGUUGCAAGCGGCCCUGCGAAAGCGACCGGAUCUCUCCCCGAUCCAUCGUGGGGUGUAUGGAGGCGCGAGGCUUGGUAUGUUGCGAAGGAUCAGGGGCCAUCGAAUGGGCGGCGGGAGACAUCGACGGGGGCUGAGGAUCCGUCGUCGUCAACGAAGCGCAAGCUUGGCCCGUCGACGCCGGAGUACGAACCUGGCGCGUCGACGUCGACGCGCGAGCUUGGUAACUCUAUGCCAAAGAAUGAGAUCCGCCCUACCCCUUCGCCAGCCGGAACGCCCGCGAGCCACGCCCCGCUGAGUCCCGUGUUCGACUCGCCGGAGACCUUCUCGACGCGGCGGACGACGCCGUCUUCGACGAAGGUCGCUCUGCCUCAUGCGUCGCCCACUGCUCGCCGACCCUCGCCCUCUGUUCGCCGACCCUCGCCCCGUCGACCCUCGUCACUUGAACCGCCUCCCUUCUCAAGGCGACCACAGUGCUCUUCGCCGCUCGGCAACGCGACGUCUGACCAGGGCAACGCGACGUCUCAUCAGGGCCACGACGGACAGCGUUCAAUUGCGGAGGCAUCGAUAUGCCGCCGCUGGUCGUCGCCUCCGUAUUUUGGAUCGUCGCCUCCAUAUUCUGGACCUUCGCCUCUACAUUCAGGACCUGCGCUUCUGCAUUCAGGAUCUCCACCCCUGCAUUCAGGACCUUCGCCUCCGCAUCCAGCAUCUCCGCCUCCGCAUUCAAGACCUCCGCCUCUUCAUUCAGGACCUCCGCCGUCGAUAUCCGUCCGCCACUCGUCGCUCAGCCGCGCGAACAUUCGCAACGUACUCGACGCCCUGCCCGCACUCUCUCGCGGUCGAUCUGCGCCUCCGCGUGCGACCAUCUCGAAUGCGACCAACCCGAAUGCGCCUAGCUCGACUAGAGCCACGUCGUCCGGGACUGAGGCCUCUAUUUAUCCAUCAGCGCACGCGACGACUUCCUCGCCCUCUGAGGCACAUCCUGUGCCUAGCAGCUCGCGUCUGACGUCCACUCCAAAGCCCGCAGAUGCGGUUGCCCUGAAGCCCGCAGAUGCAGAAAAACCGCAAGCGCGCGACUUCGAGAUACUCCUGUCGCCCCCGAGCUCGCUGCGCGCUCUCCCGUCUCUCACCCUCGGUGAUGUGCCUCUACCCGCGAGACCACCGACCUUCAAGCUAUCCCAGGUCCCCGUCGGGCUGCAGACAGCCCUCCGUGACGCGGAGCACCUGGUACGGGCGGCGAAAGAGCACCUGGCGCGGGCGGCGAAAGAGGGCAUCUCGGAACCCGCCCCGCCAGACGAUGCCGCGCUGGACGACGAUGCGUUACGGCGGGAUGCGCUUGACGACAUCGCGCGCGCUAUCCAUGACACGCGUCGCAUGCUGCAUAAGUACAAAACCACAGAGAUCAAGCUCGACAAGGACCCGAAGCGCACCGAUGCGCGGUGCUAUACGGAAGGGCUGAGGGGAAUGAUGGGGACAUGCGCCGCGUUCGUGCAUGGGAUGGCCCGCGACCCGCGCGCUUGCGACUGCGCGUGGCUCUGCGAUGUGCGGGAUUGUGUCGUGGCGCACGAGGCGCGCAUUCGGUUAGAUACUCGUUGAGGCAUUGCCCCCCUUUCAGCUCGAUGCUCAAUGAUCAUAUGUUCAGAGCGCUAUUCACGCCCUUGCGAACCACGACAUCCAGGCGCGGCUGGCGGAGUUGGAUGAUCUGGCGCUGUCGAUGAGUUAGGGGCGCUGACUGUACGAUAGGGUGGAAGACGGUGAAUUACGCAGGAGUAUGUAUCGGCUGGCAGAAAGGGAUGGGACGACUGGCAGGCCUGGCUGGCUUGAGCUUUGGAAGAGUUUGGAGAAGUUGUGGAAAAUAGACAAGAAUGAAUGGACAGGGCCAGCAUGAGGAAUAUUACGCUUGAUAAUCCGUUACUCGUCAAGAAGCA